GAUUGAAGUUAACAUAUAACACAAGAAACAAUACACAAUACACUUACUCCAACAUAACAUAAAGAGAAGAGAUGAAUCUUAUGAUGAUAUCUUUGAAACUACUUUUGUUCAUGAAUUUGUCCAUCAUCAUCAUCACCACAUGCAAGGCCAAUCCUAACCAACAAGGUGAACACCUCUCUAAGUUCAUUCAUUCAAAGAGGUCUCAUAAUAAUAAUAACAACAAUCCAUCAUCAUCAUCAUUAGAAGCUUUCCUUUCUCAUCUUCCACAACUACAUGUUGUUGAUGAUGAUGAUGAUCAAGAAUCUAAGCUUAAAGAAGAUGAUAAAGUUGAAGGUCUACCAGGACAACCUGAAGGAGUGGAUUUUGAUCAAUAUGCUGGCUAUAUAACUCUUGAUGCAAACAAAGGGAAAGCACUCUUCUACUACUUUGUUGAAUCACCUCAAAAUUCUUCCACCAACCCUCUUCUUCUAUGGCUCAAUGGAGGUAUAUGUUUCAUCCAAUUUAACAUGGCAGUUGCAAACGUGAUUUUCCUAGAAUCACCAGCAGGUGUUGGAUUUUCAUAUUCAAACACUUCCUCGGACUAUGCUGAAAUUGGUGACAGCAUCACCGCCUUGGAUUCUUACACAUUCCUUGUGAAGUGGCUUGAGAGAUUCCCACACUACAAAACACGUGACUUCUUCAUAACUGGAGAAAGCUAUGCUGGCCAUUAUGUCCCUCAGCUUGCUCACACUAUUCUCUCAUAUAAUAACAUUGCAGCGUCAAUUCACCAAACAGUUAUCAACUUAAAAGGAAUUGCGGUUGGAAAUGGAUGGAUAGAUGAUAAUUUGUGUACAAAGGGUAUGUAUGAUUAUUAUUGGUCACAUGCUCUAAGCUCUGACGAAUCCCAUUCUGGAAUUGAAAAAUAUUGUGACUAUGUUAGCGGUAAUUUCUCUUAUGAAUGCAUCAAAUAUAUGAACAUGGCUGAUGUUGAAGUUGGUGAUAUUGACAUAUACAACAUAUAUGCUCCACCUUGUGAUUCUUCAUCUUCAUCAAAAUCUCCUGGCAAUGAUUUCGACCCUUGUUCUGAUCAUUACACAAUGUCCUACUUGAAUCUCCCAGAAGUUCAAAAGGCCCUUCAUGCUAAAGCCACAAAUUGGUCUUCUUGCAGCCUGGUGGGAUGGACGGAUAGUCCAGCAAGUAUUCUACCAACUAUAAAUAGAUUAAUAUCAAGUAACAUAAGCAUCUGGAUUUAUAGUGGCGACACAGAUGGUCGAGUUCCCAUAACUUCAUCUAGGUAUUCAAUAAAUGCCCUCAAACUUCCAGUACAAACACCUUGGCGUUCAUGGUAUUCUGCCAAUCAGGUUGGAGGAUAUGUUGUUGGGUAUAAAGGGCUCACUCUUGUAACUGUAAGAGGAGCAGGGCACACUGUUCCAAGCUACCAACCUCAGAGGGCACUAACCAUGAUCUCAUAUUUUCUCAAUGGAGAACUUCCACCAAAGAAUUAAAAUUCUCUAAAGUAUAUUGGUUAUGAAAAAAAUGAUGUGAAAUCUUGGUAGAUGAGUCUCAUGCCUAAUUCAGGGGGAAAAGAUAAACAAAAAAUAGAAUGGCUCCAACCGUGUGUUUAAAAAGAGUGUAUAAAUAAUUCAUUUCACUGCUUAUUUCAAAGGAUAUUUAACAUACCUAAUAUGCACACGAA